UGUAGUUGUUUCAAAAUAAAGCUAAUCAAAGUACUAGAGUGCUUACUUGCUAUAUGCUGAAUCAGUUCACUGUUGAAAAAACUUGAAGCAAUCUGCUGUGGGCAGGUAAAAAGCAGUAACUGCAAAUUUUUCAUGUUUGCAUUUUUGUCAUCUGUUGUUUAGCUUUAUUGUACAAGCUUGCUUAUUUGGUUGCUGCUGAAAAAAAGGCCCGAAAAAAACGCCUAAUUCCGAAAUUCCUCUUUUGUUAGUAUUGAAUCCAUCACGCAUUUCUUCAAAUAUCUCGAAAACUCAUUUCUGCAGACACUGCCGUUUACCUCCCCACAGCAGUAAUGCUCUUUGAAAUAAAAGGAAAUCUUGCACUGAAUGAAAUCAUGGGGAAAACAACCUAUCUGUAAUUAAGUUGUUAAAUAUCCAAGAUCUUUAUGCCAUUGAUUUUGAAUUGCUUGCUAAUACUGAACUUCAGUAAUUAUCAAUUGAUGCCACAUUGUGUGUGUGUGUUUUUUUUUUUUUUUAAUUGUAACUCAUGCAUUAAAAUAUUAAAAUUAGUACCACUUAAGUAAUUCCUGAGUAACACCUGAGAUAGUUUUCUUCUAACUUGCAAAGAAAAUGCUUUUAAAUGUUUUUUUCCCUCCAAAAUACCCAGUUGUAGGGCAUACCCAGGGCUUGAGAAAAUGCCCGAAAAAUAUUAUUUUACCUGCCAACUUGUGUUCAGCCAACUCUCAUCAGUAGCUGCUACUCCUCUUUAAAAAUUUAAUUUUGGCCCUUGUAAAUGUUAAUAUAAUUUUUAUUUUAGAUCAUUUUGUUUUUAAAUCACAAUUUAUAUUAAUGUUUAAAAGCAUUGUAAACUUAAUCACUAAUUGGAUUUUUUUAUAUUUUACCUAAUUUUAUUUUUGUAGUCACAUAAUGGCAUCAUCAUUAUAAGCUUACCUUUCCUAUAUUUUUUUUUUCAAAUAGCAAUUUAAAAACAUUAUUCCAACAUUUAGAUUUCAUCUGUUAGCAAAUACAUUUUUGUACAAGUUUUUUUGUUUUCAGGUGUAAAAGUAAUUCAUCUUCUGGCAUGACCUGGUGUACUCCUAAUUUGCAAAUGCAUAGUGUAAAUACUCCUGCAUCUGAUGUUCUUUCCUCAAGUCCUAUUUCACAGCGAAAUUGUAGUGACUGUUGCAAUGUGUUACCAGUUAAUUGUCUUGAUUUUUCACCAAUAGCUGCACCUAAGGAUCGUCCAAGUAUUUCAAAAUCAGGUCUCCGAAUGAGAGCUUUCAGCGAGCGGAUUGAUGAAGAAAGUAACUCUUCAUCUGAUAAAUCUUCCUUCCAUUCAGUUUCUCCCCCACCAGAACCGAUGAGCUUCAAUGCAGAAUCACAAGAAUCUAUAGCAUUUCCUUCCUACAAUUCCAAGGAGCUAGACACCGGGUAUGCGACAGGCAGCAUUAGCUCCUCACAGAAUGUAAUGACAUCAGUGGGGAAUGGAGGAACCCUAUCGAGAAUAACUCCAGUAACGGAGCUCAUGGAAGAUUGCGGCAUUUCGAGGUCUGACAUGUCGAUGGACAGUGUCGCCAUUUGUUCUGAGCCUGUGAAACAAAUUGAUACAGUUUCAAGCAAUCUUAUCUCCUGGCCUUGGUUUCCAACAAAAUGCUCAACUCCGACAAAAACGUACAACUUUUAAUAAAUUUUCACGAGUUUAGAUUUACUCUUUUUUAUGAUUGACUUUAUUGGUGAUAUGCUACAUGAGCCAAAUAAAUGAACACUGCCUAAUUUUUAUGGAAUAUUUGCUCAAAUCAAACACGAUCUAGUUUUGUGAAGUCUUUUUUUGUAUGUUGAGUCUUAAUUUUAGUGUUGUGUGUACAUGUUCUAUUUUUAAAUGCAUUUUUAAGUUAUAUCUUCGUAAAUAUUCAAAUAAAAAUAUUUUUUCAUUUUAUAAAAAAAUUGUUGAUUAUUUUCAGCUAUUGUUUGGUUUUUCAUUAUGUGUAGAAUAAAGACUUAUGAUUUAUUUGAUUAAAAUCACAUGAUGUUUCAAAUUUAAGUGUAACAUGUUGGUUAAAAUCUUGUGCAUCUGUUAAUUUGUAUGUUUAUAAUUCCUUUUUAUUGUAAAUACAGCUCCUUGAUGCUCUAAAAAAUUUAAAUAAUCAAUGUAAAACUAUUUUGAUAAUUGCAACACUGCCAUUUGUAAUCAUGCUUUUAAAAAGCUGAAAUGUAUAGAACACAGUUUGAUCUACCUCAAAUAUGAGUCCAAUUAUAUAUUUUUAUACGAGUUUUUUUUAUUUAUCUAAUAAAUCUAUGCCUGCAGAAGACUUUAAACUUUUAUUCAUUUUUCAGUGUUGACAUUAAUAUUUGUAAAUGUAAUUUUAAUAAAUGUGUCUGAUACAAUUUCUUCAAAUAUUUAUAGUUUUUUGUUUCGCACUUUUGCCUCAUCGCAUAGAACUUUAUUUCAAAAUUUUUAUUCUUGUUGCAGUAUGCACAUGAAUUGACCCUGUUUCACUUAUCACUUGAGACUUAGUCUUUGUUUGAGGCUACUUCCCCCCCCCCCCCCUUCCAGCCAAUUGUUGAAACCACUGUCAGUUCGUUAGAAA